GGGCGCAGUAGCCGGGCCGCGGGCUGCAGGACUUACUGGGCCGGGGGCUGGGGUGGGACCCGGCGGGCGCCAUGGAGCUGCUCUCGGCGCUGAGCCUGGGCGACCUGGCGCUCAGCUUCUCGCGGGUACCGCUCUUCCCCGUCUUCGACCUCAGCUACUUCAUCGUCUCCAUUCUCUACCUCAAGUAUGAGCCAGGAGCAGUCGAGCUGUCCCGGCGCCAUCCCAUGGCAUCCUGGCUGUGCGCCAUGCUGCACUGCUUUGGGAGUUACAUCUUGGCUGAUCUGCUCCUCGGCGAGCCCCUGAUUGACUACUUCAGCAACAAUUCCAGUGUCCUGCUGGCCACAGCUGUCUGGUACUUGAUUUUCUUCUGCCCCCUGGACCUCUUUUACAAGUGUGUCUGCUUCCUGCCUGUGAAACUUAUAUUUGUGGCCAUGAAGGAGGUAGUGAGAGUCCGAAAGAUCGCUGUGGGCAUCCAUCAUGCCCAUCACCACUACCACCAUGGGUGGUUCAUCAUGAUUGCCACCGGCUGGGUCAAAGGCUCUGGCGUCGCCCUCAUGUCCAACGUUGAGCAGCUGCUCCGAGGGGUCUGGAAGCCAGAGACCAAUGAGAUCCUGCACAUGUCCUUCCCCACGAAGGCCAGCCUGUACGGAGCCAUACUCUUCACCCUCCAGCAGACACGCUGGCUCCCAGUAUCCAAAGCCAGCCUCAUCUUCAUCUUCACUAUGUUCAUGGUCUCCUUUAAGGUGUUCCUGACGGCCACUCACUCCCACAGCUCCCCUUUUGAUGUUCUGGAGGGCUACAUCUGCCCUGUGCUGUUUGGGACCGCCCCCGGGGGCAACCAUCACCACGACAACCAUGGUGGGACCCAUGGCGGGUCCUAUGGCGGUGGUGGGCCCGGCUCCCCACACUCAGCCCUGCCAGCUAAGUCCAAGGAGGAGCUGAGUGAGGGCUCCAGGAAGAAGAAGACCAAGAAGGCAGAUUAGUGGAUGGCCCAGAGGCCUUGAGGGGUACCAGGGAGAGGACCCGAACCCAGGACCCUCAGAGCCAGUGCGGGGGCAUCCCGGGCUGAGCUCUUCCCUCUCCGGGCCUCAACUUCCCAGUCUGCAAACUGGGGCCAUGUCGGGGGGGGUUAAAUGAGAUAUGGGGGUGAGGGGCAUUUGUGGGAAUGGAGGGGUCCCUCUCUCUUUCUGCCAGGCCACCAUAGCAACACCGCUUUAUUUGGGCGGUGGCCCCAGCCAGAAACCCUAGCAGUUAUAUUUUUGGUUCUACUAUUUCCUCUCUAAAAUUACAUCUUGACUCUGAAAAGAAUUUCAGGUUGAGACUCAUGAAUUUGAUGGACAAUUCCUAAAUGUCUGCUAUGAGGCAGCUGCUGGGACUUCCAUCUCUUCGUGCCCACUCCUUCCGGAUGGCACUGGGCAAGCUGCUUCCUUCGAGCCUUGCAUUCCCCAUCUGUAUAGUGGAGACCCCCAGGCCUCCUCCACAUGGAGGUGCUGGUGCGUGUCUGGAUGUGAACCAGCUUUAUAAACUCUUAAGCACCGUGCAGUCGGGAGGGGAGGCCAUGACGGAUGUUCAUUGUGCUUGAGAACGGCUUUGCAUUUUAGAUUAUUUGUGUUUGUGGAUCGGAGAACCCCCACAAGUUAACCUGGCACACGGGGCCUUCAGUAGACACAUCUGGGCCAGUCUUGAGAGCUUGGGGAGUGGGGAAGGCUUGUUCUGAUCUUUGGCUUCAGGCCGCCCCUAAACCAAAGAAAUGCAGCUGGCUGGGCAGGGGUGCCAAGAUCCAGCUCUGUCAAGGGCCUCCAAACGAGCUUCAGGGUGAGUGAGGGGAAUGGUAGCUGAGCCCCCAUCUACCCCCCCCCCCCCCCGCCACCAGCCACCUGAUUCAUCUCAGCCUGUGUUACCAGGACAUCUGAGUGUGGCCAGUCUCAGGUGGGGUCUGGGCCCAGAUGGGGCCGGCUUAGACCUGUCCUCUGCCCCCCCCCGGGGGGGGGACGCGGGACAGAGCAGCAGCCUACAGAUGCAUUAAGAUCAGCAUGAGGCCAGUGCGAUCCCAGGUAUUGCCCAGCUGUUGGGAAAGUGCCUUGAUCUGGUGACACCUGGGAGCCCGGUGGGUCCUGAGGCUCCGAAUUCAUCCUCUUGCAUGUUUAUCAAGACUCGGCAUGAAGGUUCAGCAAAUAAAUCUGUUGUGAAAGAAGCACAAUGGCUUAGCUCAUUCAUUCCUGCUCUUUCAGCCUCAGGACGCAGUGGGGUUCUGUGUCCUUAGAGACACUCAGAGUUUCCAGGGAGAUGAGGUUCAUGGCAGCCCCCAAUUGCCAGGAGGAGAUGGAGCCUGCAGGUAGAGUCUGGAGUUUGGAGUUCAGAUAUUUACUGUGCCACCAACAGGUCAUGGGGCCUCCCCUUCUCCAAGCCUGUUUGCUUCUUGGGGAAUAGGGCAUAAUGAUUAUCACUGCCCUUUAUAGACAGAUGGGAGAAUUAAGGGAGUGAUUGGGGUUUGCAGCUAAGAGUCCAUACAGGACCCUGUUAAGAGAACAACUUGGCAGUCACACAUCUGAUAAAGGGAUUGUAUCCAGAAUAUAUAAAGAAGUCCCAAAGCUCAAUAAUAAACAGCCCAAUUAAAAAUGAGCAAAGGAUUUGAAUGGACACCUGGCCAUAGAGAAUAUACAGAUAGCAUUUUAAAAAGCACAUGAAAAGAUGCUCAACAUCCUUAGCCAUCAGGGAAAUGGGUGGGAAGGUACCCACUACACUCUCUGGGAUGGUUGCUGAUGAGUGCUGGUGAGGAUGUGGAGCAAGGGGAACUCUCUUCAUUCCAUGGGCAAUAUAAAAUGAUGUAGCCGCUUUGGAAGACAGUGGCAAUUUCUUAAAAGAUUAAAUGUUCAGGGUUCCUGGGUGCCUCAGUCGGUUAAG